GUUUGACACGCAGCCUCCGUCUGUUUCUCCGCUGAUGCGCUUCACUUCAGCACAAACUACCGCCACCGACAGCGAAAUCCACCGACGACAUGCUGAGAGAUUCACGUCCACAUUCACAUGGCUGCAGUGGUCAGAUGUCUGAUGUCUGUCGGAGGAAAUGAUCCAGACUGGAGCAGAACCAGAACCAGUCAAACACAAGGAGGCGCUGUCGGUGGUGAGUGAGGAUCAGUCUUUAUUCGAGUGUUCGUACGGAGCGUCUCAUUCCAAGACGGACAUGACGGCCUCCGCCGCCGGCGAGUACGGUCAGAGCAAACUCAGCCCCAGAGUGCAUCAGCAGGACUGGCUGGCUCCGCCCACCGGACGCGUCACCGUCAAGCUGGAGUGCGGCGCGGGAGCGCAGGUGAACGGAUCCAGAGCCUCUCCAGAUGUGUGUCCUGUGGUGAAGGGUAAGGUGUCUCCGGUGAUGUACAGCAGCUAUAUGGAGGACAAACACGCGGCGCCGCCCAACAUGACCACCAGCGAGCGCAGAGUGAUCGUACCUGCAGAUCCGAGCCUGUGGUCGGCGGAUCACGUGCGUCAGUGGCUGGAGUGGGCCGUGAAGGAGUACGGGCUGCCCGAGGUGGACGUGUCUCUGUUCCACAGCAUCGACGGGAAGGAGCUCUGCAAGAUGAGCAAAGACGACGUCCAGCGUCUGACCAGCAGCUACACGGCCGACAUCCUGCUGUCUCACCUGCACUACCUCAGAGAGACUCCACUUCCUCACUUGACUUCAGAUGAUGUUGACAAAGCCUUGCAAAACUCCCCGCGGUUAAUGCAUGCUCGCAAUACAGGAGGAGCCAGUUUCAUCUUCCCAAACGCCCCCGUCUAUCCUCCAGACGCCACCAGAGGACCCAGCAGAGCAGACGUGAGUUACGACGGCCGGCGCUCUGGAUGGACUCAGCCCGUGUCUGCGGCUAAAGUUUCUCAGAGUUCUGCUGCCAUCAUGACCAAAACUGAAGAGCAGAGAGCUCAGUUAGAUCCAUAUCAAAUUUUAGGGCCCACAAGCAGCAGGCUGGCGAAUCCAGGUUCUGGUCAGAUCCAGCUGUGGCAGUUCCUCCUGGAGCUCCUGUCCGACAGCUCCAACUCGUCCUGCAUCACGUGGGAAGGAACCAACGGCGAGUUCAAGAUGACGGACCCGGACGAGGUGGCGCGGCGCUGGGGCGAGAGGAAGAGCAAACCCAACAUGAACUACGACAAGCUGAGCCGAGCCCUGCGCUACUACUACGACAAGAACAUCAUGACCAAAGUGCACGGCAAACGCUACGCCUACAAGUUCGACUUCCACGGCAUCGCGCAGGCCCUGCAGCCGCACCCGCCCGACUCCUCCAUCUACAAGUACCCGGCCGACCUGUCCUACAUGAGCUCGUACCACCCGCACCCGCAGAAGAUGAACUUCGUGUCGCCGCAUCCUCAGGCCAUGAACGUCACCUCGUCCGGGUUCUUCGGCGGCCCCGCUCCGUACUGGAACGCUCCGGCGGCGGCGGCGGGAAUCUACAGCGGACCGAGACACCCCGCCGCGCACAUGCCCUCGCAUCUGGGCUCCUACUACUAGAAGGACAUCUCAAGACACCAAACUGGAGAAAGCGAACCAUCCGCCGCCGGAGAAACACUCAGCGUAUUAUACAGGAGAGCGUCUGCGAUCCGCUCGCAGAUCCGGGAAUGUGAAAGCUGUAUAACGUGUAAACGGGCCGUUAAUGAGACGCUGCAUGAUCAAGUACUUAUUCGUCUAUAUGUUCACGUGUGCCUUAUUGUACAAACAUAUCAGAGAGAGUUCAGAAGGUCUGAGAGAAAGAAACGUGAGGUGAGAGGAAGAGGAAGACAGGCGAGACAGGAUGAGGUAUGUGAGAUGAUGAAGAAUUAUGCCAGUUUACAGGAAGGAUGAUAACGGUUAAACAGAUUAUUUUGCUCAAAAAAUAUAAUUCAAUUCUUUUCGUUUCAUCAGAGUUAUUGAACUUUCACCUAAGCACAAAUUAACUUGCAUGGUUUACUCGCAGAUUCAAUCCAAACCACAAUGUGAAAGAAAAGAGAGUGUGGGAAUAAUUAAAUAAACAGGGUUGCCAAGUCUGCAGUUUUACUGUGGAUUUGGGCUACUUUUACACCGUUUCCCCAGGUUUGAACACUUUUUGGACGGAACCUGUGUAAAAAAACACAAAUGGCCUAGUUUUGUUUCACAUACCUGGCAACCCUGCAAACCACUGGGCAGAAAGUGUAUUGAUGUCAGAGGAAAGUUAGAUUGGGGGAUUUAAACACUCGACACCUGGCAACCGCCAACCUCAAACAAUAGUGGAGGCUUGUUACCAGUGCAAGAUAAUGGCAACGUCCAAUAAAAAUGAAGCGUUUACAGUAUACCUAACUUACACAAUUAGGCUUAACAAAUUGAAAGAAGCAGAAAAGGUGAUCAUAAUUAAAAUACAAUUCAUCAUGCAGCUCUACAGUAAUGAUAUAGUUUAAAAAACUAUACAUUUAAAAGAAUAACGAGUGCAUACACAAAUCUAUAACAGUAGCGACACAAAUAAACAAUAUUUUUAGAAUCAUUUUUUUAUUUCCAGCUGAAAGAUUAAAACGUCAACAGCCAAUCAGAAUCCACCAUCAUAAAAGACCUCGAGCGUUUAAAGCGACAGACGACAAAACUGCGGCGCACACUUAUAAUAAACAGGUUGUUAUCACGCGUUGGUGCGGACGCUAAUAUAGUUAUCGUUCUUGGUGUGAACAGGCCUCUUGCCAUAUUUAUCAGUAUUAUGUCGUUCGUAUGGCAUCAGAGAUUGAGAUUUGCCUUAAAAACGACGCGUCUUUGUAGAAAA